AUGCAGGUCCAGCAGAUGAAGAAGUGGAUAUUUUGGGCCCAUCCCGAAAUUGGCGGUCAAGAAACCUACGCUGUGGAGCGCUUUUUCCACUCAAACCCGUCUUGGAGCGUCCAAAGUCCUUACAUGAGUCCCACAGCCUCCCAGGCCAGCUGGGGUCUGGUGGGAGGCAACGAGGGAGACCUGGUUAUGAAUUUGGCCUUUCUGUGCGAGUACAACGCCCUGCCUGAUAUUGGACACGCUAGCGGGCACAACCUGAUCGCUGAGGUGGGAGCUGCUGCCGGAUGGGGUCUGAAAGCCGCUCUGGAACUUCUUCUCUGAGUGAAGGUGACCAUCCUGGGAACUUCAUCAGAGGAAGACCAUGGACGAAAGAUCCAGCUGCUGGAGGCGGGAGCCUUUGAAGACAUCCACCUGUUCUUCAACGCCCAUCCUGCUGUGGAGGACGUGGCGUUCUCCUCUAGUCUGACAGUCACCCAACAAGUUGCUGUGAUGUUGGUAAAGUACCACAGGAAAGCUAGUCAGGCUUCCGCCUUUCCAUGGAUGGGCAUGAAUGCCUUGGACGCCGCCGUGCAGGCUUACAGCAAUCUCACCGUGCUGAGGCCUCAGCUCAAGCCCGGAAGCACCUUCCAAGGCAUCAUCAAACACGGAGGGGUAAAGGCCAACAUCACCCCUGACUACUCAGAGCUACAAUAUUGUCUACUUGCUCCCACGUUUAAGGAGGUUGUUGAGCUGAAGGCCAAAGUGGAGGCUUUCCUCCGGGCUGCUGCCAUGGCGAGCAGCUGUGAACUGGCGAUAAGUUACCCAGGCAACACCUAUUUGAACAUCGUGCCCAACGCCACACUGGCAAAGCUCUAUGAAGAUAACGGAACAGCCUUAGGGAUCCAGUUCACCAAAAAUCCCACCAAAUUCGCUGCUUCCACAGACUUUGGCAACGUGUCAUACGAGAUCCCUGGUAUCCAUCCCAUUUUCUCCAUCGCCACGGACGUGUUUAACCACACUGAGGCAUUUGCAGAGGCGGCAGACUCCGAAGACGCCCAGAUGCACACCCUGAGGGUCGCCAAGGCUCUGGCGAUGACAGCUGUGGAUGUUCUCUGCAGCCCACGUUUGCUGAGGCAAGUGAAUGACGACUUUGCUCAGGCAGGCAUCAAAUGACUUGUAUGCUGUAGUUUGUAGUUGAAUAUCCCAGUGGAUUCGUUGACUUAAUUGGUUUGCAAAACAUUGUUUCUCUUCCGCAAAUAAUGUAGCCUUUGUCAUUAUGGAUGGCUGUCACGUAUCUGUGACCAGCAGAAUAAUUUAGUCCUCUUCCACUAGAUGGUGGAAGGCUUAUAAUUAGCGUGUGUAUCAAAGUGCUUUGUGUACAUUUUCAAUUACAUUAAAAGGUAGGCAAACACUGCACUAUGGAAUUGAAUACUAAAAUAUUAAAAUAAUUUUUGUACUACA